AUGGCGCUCGAAGACUUCGAAAAGCAAUUGGCCAAAGACAAAGAGGAAGAAAAGCGUCGCGACCGUCACCGAUCCGACCGCAAGUCCGAGCAUCGACACCACCAUAGGCAUCACCGCAGCUCGAAGCACCGUGACGAGGAUGACGAUCGCGACAGACGUCGCUCGAGACACCAUGACUACGAUGAUGAAGACAGCCAUCGCUCAAAGCGCCGGAGACACUCGCAUGACGAGGAUGACGAGGAUCGUUCGCACCAUCGACGGCACCAACACCGGCGGGAUUACGAUCAAGACGAGACUGAAGGGUCUGCGGGAGCUUCUGUGCUAGCGGCAGAGCCUGAAUUGAAACGAGCAUCGUGGAUGGAAGCACCGUCUGAGCUGCAUAUCGACUACGUCCAGCGAAAGCAGACCGAGCAAUCUCCACCGCGGUCGUCGAAUCUUGGUAUGGACCAUGAGCUGAAAAUCCAUGAGAAAGAGAUCAAUCAUCAUUUACGUGAUCUCAAGAAUAGCAGGGAACAGGAAGAGCUCAAAAAACUGCCGGCAAACCACGAAGUCGAUUACACGAUUGGCGACGCCGGAUCUCACUGGCGAAUGACCCGGCUGAAAGCUGUCUAUCGUAAAGCCGAAGAGACGGGUCAGAAGGUCGAAGACGUGGCACUUGAGCGAUAUGAGACACUGCGAGAAUUUGAUGACGCUCGUGAAGAAGAGACCGAGCUCGAUCGUCGAAAUACUUACGGCGACGGCUACGUGGGCAAGGAUAAACCAAGCGGUGAACUCUACCAAGAGCGGAAGCUGAAUGCGGGCGUUCACAGAAGCAGCACGCGAGACCUUGAUGAUGAUCUCGACGAGGUCGUUGAGAACGUCAAGGCGCCCGCUCCUGAAGUCGCUCCAACACCGAAGCUGGACUCUACCUCAUUGAACCGAAUGAAGGCUCAGCUGAUGAAGGCCAGAUUAAAAAAGGAUCCGAAGGUCGACGAGCUACAGAAAGAAUAUGACGCAGCUGUUACGGCUUUCAAUCAGAUUGAUCCUACGGUGGUGCAGCUUUCUGCAAUGGACAAUAGAAUGCUUUCUUCUGCACCCCGAAAUGAAGUCAAAGCUGUCCAGAACCGCCGUGGAGCUGAGCGUGGUAAUGUCGAAGACAACGAGGAUAUGACCAUUGAAGACAUGGUGCGCGAGGAAAAGCGAACACGCGAUCAAGCAGGUGGCGAUGCGAAGCGCUUUGCUGAACGUAUCGCCAAAGACGGCAAGUUCGACAACGACCUCGAUUACAUGGAUGAGAACGCAGCGAAGCUCGCCAAACGCGUCCAUAAGUCGGAGGGAAACCUCCGCAAUGUCGCCGUAGGCGAUUACCAGAAGCUCCAGAAGGUUCUAGAGAACUGCCAACUGUGCCACCACGAGGAUACACAAACUCCACCAGUCGCGCCAGUCGUUUCUCUCGCCACGAGGACCUAUCUGACGUUGCCAACAGAGCCAGAGCUCUCGAAAUAUGGCGCGAUGAUAGUUCCGAUUGAGCACCGCACCAAUCUCCUUGAAUGUGACGAGGAUGAAUGGGAAGAGAUCCGGAAUUUCAUGAAGUCACUUACACGACUCUACCACGAUCAAGGCCGCGAUGUGGUCUUCUAUGAGAAUAGUGCGCGGCCUAAUCGAAGACCUCACGCUGCGAUGAACGUGGUGUCUCUCCCAUACAGCCUGGGGGAGACCGCGCCAGCAUUUUUUCAAGAAGCGUUUCUCACCACAGAAGACGAAUGGAGCCAGCACAAGAAGAUUAUUGACACUCUCGCCAAGAGCAAGCAGGGCUUGGGGCGAGCCGCAUUCAGGAAGUCACUGGCGAAAGAGAUGCCUUAUUUCCAUGUAUGGUUCGAACUAGAUGGCGGCAUUGGGCAUAUUGUCGAAGAUCCGGAUCGUUGGCCUCGAGGCGACUUAUUCGCGAGAGAGGUGAUCGGUGGCAUGCUGGGUCUAGAGCCAGAUGUGAUCAAGAAGCAGGGGCGAUGGCAUCGCGGCCAUGACCCUCGACUCGAGUCGUUCCGAAAGAGGUGGAGGAAGUUUGAUUGGACAAGAGUGCUGACGGAGGGAGUCAAUUGA